GUGAAAAGUUAGAGUCACCCUGAUUUGCACACCCUAUCAGAAGGGCUGGGCUUGGGGACGAUAUAAAAGUGUUUGACAUCAGGGAACGACCUAAUUCCUUCCAGCAUUAUCUCGGAGACCUGUCAGGUUUUUGGAGUGAAAAUGGCGUCUUCCCAGCACCAGCACCAACGCAAGCAAGCUCCCACUUUGCCACCUGAAGUCUGCAAGACAGCGCCGUGCCCACCGGAGCAGCAAUGCAAGCAACCCAUAAUUGUGGACGUGCCAACUCCACAUGUGCCAGAGCCUAAGCCGUGUCCCCCACAGGAGCCGCCGGUGGUGGUCAUCCCGUGUCCAGAGCCUAAGCCCUGUCCUCCAAAGGAGCCUCCGUGCAAGGAGCCACCGGUGGUGGUCAUCCCGUGUCCAGAGCCUAAGCCCUGUCCUCCAAAGGAGCCUCCGUGCAAGGAGCCACCAGCUCCAACCCCACAUCCUCCGCAGGAGGAACAGUGUUGUCAACAGAAAUCUCAAAGCAAGGAGCCACCAGUCAUCCCAACUCCAUGCCCGGAGCCCAAAUCACCACAAGAGCCUCCAUGCAAAGAGCCACCAGCACCAACUCCAUGUUCUCCUAAAGAACCAGAACCGUGUCCUCCAAAGGAGCCAACUCCAGAUUGCCAACAGAAGACUCAAAGCAAGCAGCCUCCAACUCCGUGCCCGGAACCCAAGCCGUGUCCUCCAAAAGAACCUCCAUGCAAGGAGCCACCAGUCGUGGUCAUCCCAACUCCGUGCCCGGAACCCAAGCCGUGUCCUCCAAAAGAACCUCCAUGCAAGGAGCCGCCUCUCUGUGACCAGCAGCAGCAGCAGAAGAAGCAGCCGUGUUCAUGGCCGCCCCAGAAUAAAUGAGCAAGUCAGCGAAGAAUCCAUCUCUCCAAGUCUACAUCUUACCACGUCAAACAUACCUCACCUUUGUGUUCCUCUGAAAUGCUUUAAGAAAUUCUUCUAACGUUGCAGAAGUCUCACCCGUAGGGGAAUUAUAGCAAAUGAUAAUAUCAUGUCCAUAAAUGUGAUUAUGUUUCAAUUUCCAACCAGAGUGGAUUUUUCAAUAGAGGUGCAAUAUAGUCUCACGUUUUCUCUUUAUGUUAACCAUACUGUUGCAUUUAUUCUACUUUAACAGUCAAAUAUUCCUGAGAGUCUCACUCGUCUGUAAAGUUUGUAAUUACUUCUUAUUCUUUGUACCAUUUAUAUAUUCCCCCAAAGGAGGUGUGAUGGGGGACUCGGUUGAUUUUUCCACACCAAGAUUUUUCCAAGAACACGGCAGGGUUGGGUGUCAGUGAAACGCAAAGCUAGCUUAGACCCUCCAAGGCAGUGGUGGGAUUCAGCCAGUUCUCACCACUUCGGGAGAACCGGUUGUUAACUGUCUGAGCAGUUUGGCAAACUGGUUGUUGGAAGAAAUCAUUAGGGCAGAGAACUGGUUGUUAAAUUACUUGAAUCCCACCACUGCUCCAAGGGUGGACUAUGAGAAGCGAGAAGUGUUAUUUUAAGCUCCUCCCCUUCGCUAUCAGGAGAGACGUAGUCUAGUCAGCUAUUUGCCCCACACUUUAGAUAAGACAAAUUCCUAGGUCAACCAGCGUGGCCGAUCUGCUCGCUGUAGAGAAGUAACUGUGGGUUGGUGGAUCUCCAGAGGUUGAUAGACUAUCAUUGGACCUGUGGUCCUAUUGGCUAGGAUGGGUAGAAAUUGGACUACAAACCAUAUCCCUAGGGCCAUAAAUUCUUCACCUUGGUUUGGAAAGUCCAACAGACCUUUAGAUCCUGCAAGAUGUCCUUCGAAAGGACCUCAGGUGUCUUCUGGAAUGACAAGACCCAUCAGAAAAUGCUGGGAAGUUCUUUAAUCUUCAGGGUGAAGGUCAGGAAAAACUCAACCUCUCAGCUUCCAAUGGAAUAUUGGGGAAAGGACGAAACUUUUCAAGGUUUCUCAAUCGGAGUGAACACCCCCCCAAAAUCAUUAACCUUCACAAAAUCAUGGGUUUCAGUACAGUAAACGCAGGUUUAAUUUUAAUUUUUUAAAUCGUGAACUGGCUUGCAGGAAGCUGACUUUGCCGGAUGACACCUGUAUCAUGACUGGGUGGCAAGAGUGUCUCCUCUUCAUGGAGCCAACGUGUUGCCGUAAAGGCGCUGAGUCCUCACACUUCCGAAUGUAUCUUUAACCAACUUGUAAAUAAAUUGAACGAAUAAAGGAAAAAUGAUGAA